GUGUGGAAAGGGCACAUCAUGGUGUUUCUGAGCCUGUCCCGCUGGGUUAGGAGCCGAGGGCCCGAUCGCUACUGGAGGGUUCAGGAGGUGCUCAAACAUGCCCGGCAUUUUCGUGGAAGGAAGAACCGUUGUUUCAGCUUGGCUGUGCGAGCUGUCCGCAGAGCAUUUGUUUACUCUACAAAAGCCAGAAAGGCUAAGAAGCGCAUUAUGAGAGCGCUCUGGGUGAGCAGAAUUGCAGGAGCAACACGAGAGCAUGGCAUGAAAUAUCCUAUGUUAAUGAGUAAUCUCGUAAAAUGUCAGGUAGCACUGAACAGGAAGGUGAUCUCUGAUAUGUCGAUCUAUGAACCCAAAACGUUCAAAUCAUUAGCAGCACUAGCGAAGAGGAGGAGAGAUGAAGGCAUCCUAGCAGCUCUUGGCGAUGGAAAGGAGCCAGAAGGAAUCUUUUCUCGAGUGGUCAAUUAUCACUAACUCCAAAGGUCCACAGUGAUUUGUAUAUUUCUAGAAAGCAGAUUUUUCCAGUUUUUUUUUUUUGUGUAAUUUUUCCUUUUUUAUUGUUUGUGUAAUGGGACAUUAUUUACUAUCAUUUUUAUACAAACCAUCUACCAUCUACCCCUUUUUUUUUUUUUUUUUCUUCAGUGAUUUAUGAAAAGGUACUGGUAAAAGGUUGAUAAACUCAAGUGAAUGCUUGUGCACUUCUUGUUAUUCUUUUUAAUAUUGGCAAGGGAAGGUCUACAAUUAUUUAUAUCUGCCAUACAAUCUGCUUUUCUUUGUGUGAGAAAUAAAAUAUAAAACAGAAAA